AUGUGGCUUCUCAUCUUUCCCGAGGGGACCAACAUGUCCAUAACAGCCCGUGGUGUAAGUCGAAAGUGGGCGAACAAGGUCGGAGUUGCCGAUUUCGAACAUGUCCUUAUUCCGAGGUCUCGCGGCUUGCAAUUCUGUCUGCAAGGGCUGGCAGGUACGAUUGACUGGGUGUAUGACUGUGCGAUUGCAUAUGAAGAUAUUCCCUUGAAAGCUCUGUAUGUCGAGGGCCGAGCAGCACCGCCAGCUCACAUGCACUGGCGGCGAUACGCCGUCAGGGACAUCCCUUUCCACGAUGCAGAAGCUUUCGACAAGUGGCUGAACCAGCGAUGGGCCGAGAAAGAUCGGCUUCUAGAACACUUUCAGCAGCAUGGACGCUUUGCUGACGAUGUUGAUGACACUCCGCCAACUGAGAUCAAGAUUCGACAUCCACUGGAGGCUGCACAAAUCCUCGGUGGUGCUGCUGCCGUGUUCACCAGUUGGUCGGUCUUCAAGCUGCUUUAUCGUAGUGCAGUAGCUCUUAGGGCGUCCACAUGA